CUGCCGCUAGUUUGCAAACUUCAAGCAGAAAAUCAUAUUGAAAAGCGCGCUCGCAUCCGAAUUCCGGACCGUUCCCUAUGUCAAAUAUCAUGACGAUGUUGUUACAGCGAACAUAACCUCCAAAACCCACAAUUCUCAUCUCUUUCACCCGUAAGAACUACAGAAUCGCGACGAAUUAUGGUUCGUCGCGAAAUCGCGUCGUGAUAGUUCCUCGAGAUGCGUUAACCGAUCACGGAGUCGACCUCGGGACACACAUAAACCCACCUCGCAGCGCAGCGCUCACCACACGUAACAUCCUUCUUUUCGCGCAGUUCCGCUCGGUCGGUGACCAGCUGUUUGGGCCGUCGUUCCCUUUUUCCCGCUGGCAGUCUAACCGGCCGCUCGAAAGAUGUUCCGAAUUGGAUUAAAAUUUCCGUGCAAUGGUCUGAAUCGGAUAAAAAAACACGGCUGCUCCAGGUUAUACUUGACGGCCAGGUGCUAUGAGACGCGGGCGCACGUUAAAUACGAGCCGGACGGAAGGCUGGGCAAGGAUGUCAGACUUAUGUCCAGACUUACUGGACCUAAGUAUUCAACUGCACCGCCAAGAAGUGAGAAGAGCAAAGUAGCGUCGAAAGCGUUGAUAACUCUAGGAGCUGUAACAAUAGGUAGCUUAGGAAUAUUAACGUAUGCAAAAAACAACCCAGAAACUCGUGCUACUCUUGAAGGAUGGAUUCCUGGUACAGACAAAGCUAUUCGGAUUAUCUUUCAAGAAGAUGCUACCUAUUUCGACCUUAUAUUUAUAUUUUUUGCGACAUUGAAGCAGACGAUAAUGGACAUGCUCUUCAAAAGUGGCUCUUCAGAACCAGGUCAGAAAAGACUAGAUAGCAUAAAACUUACUGAUUACAUACCACCCACGCUAGUUUCUAAGCCAUUAGUCAAGAAUAAGGAAAUACUUGACCAAAAUAAGGAGACUCGUAUUAAUACAGAGGAGGUGAAAGUUGAUGUCGUGGUUGAGAAAACAUCGCCUCCUAAAAAUGUGUCCAAAGAGUCGAUCUCACAAAGUCUCGUUGAGCUAGAAACUUCUUGCAGCGAAGUUGGUUCUAAAGCUAUUGCGGCCUACCGCAAGGCAACGAAUGCAAUUGGGGAAUACAAUCGCGAUGUCGCCCAAGUGAUCGAGAGUAAUAGCAGUGCAGUAAGCGAAGUUGUUUGGCAAAGGUUAAAAGAGGCAACGGAGAAGAAGAAAGAGGCGAUGCAAGAGAUGGAGAGGCAUGCGGAAGAUGCGUUGGAUUCGCUCAAGCGUAUGUAUAACAAGAUCGACGAGACCGUGUUGGACGCGCCGGCUCACAUGAAAACUGCCACCCGACGAAACGUUAAGAAGAUCCUAGAUGACGUGGACGAGGCCAAGAGGAAGUACAAGGAUGAGAUACAUAACAAUAAUAUCACCGAGCGCUAUUGGAAGCAGAUUAAGUUAGCGCGGGAGAACUUCAACGAAGAAUUGAAAAUCCUAUUUCCCAGUUUAAAUAUACACGAGAAGAAACUAUCCAUCAGCGAGGAAGCGUUCGACAUAUUCGUCCUGUAUAUGUAUCACAAAGUCAACAACCUGCAGCAGGAGUUGGAGAAACUAAGGACAAUCAGUGAAACCAAAAUAAAAUCGGCACUAAGAGCGUCGGGCGAGAAUGCGAGUGAGGAACAAUUGGAAGCGCUGGUUUCUCUCGCGGUGAACGAAGAGAAGCUCAUCCUUCAAGAAGAACAGGAGAAAAUGCUGCUGGCAGAGCAGAAGAAGUUCGACCAGGAGUUGCGGCGGGAGCUGAAAUUGCAGUCGGAGAUACACUCCGAUCAUCUUCGAGAGGCACUUUCGGUCAAAGAGCAGGAAACGCAAAGGAAGCUGCAACGCGCGCUCAGCGAGCAAACCGAGGCUGAGUCCAUAAAGUACAAGACGCAACUCGCUGUGGUGGUGGGGAAGUUACACGCUCUCUCGGCGGCUCUUAAAGCCCGCAUGGAGGAUGAGAAGGGCAUAUCGAACAGGCAGAUCUUCUGGUCAGCCUGUCAAGCCCUCGGUAGGGCGGUGAAAAUUGGACCACCGGGUACACUCGUGGACAAAGUAAUCAGACCAUUGGAACCUGAAAUUAACGCCAUUUCCAAAGCAGCACCGAGGGACGAUCCUCUGGUGUGCGCCGCUAUUCGAGGCAUUCCCGAAGAAGCAGCCAAGAGAGGAGUGUUCCCGGAGGAUGCCCUGCGCAAGAGAUUCCUCAAGGUAGAGGACGUGGCAAGGAGAUUAGCCAUGGUGCCAGAGGAGGGUGCAUCCUUGCCUAUAUAUUUCCUCAGCUAUCUUCAAAGUUUCUUGGUCUUCAGAACGGCCAAUCCAAUUUCAAAGAGCGAGCUCGAAGACGAGCCAAUCGACGUAAACUCGCUGAAUACGUACGACAUACUUCACCGUGCCAGGUAUUGGCUGGAUCGCGGGGACUUCAAAAUGACCCUGCGAUACAUGAACUUGCUGAAGGGUGCGCCUAGAAGCGUCGCCCGGGACUGGAUGAACGAGACCAGAAUCCUGCUGGAGACGCAGUUGGCGGUCGACACCCUGCUGGCGCACGUAGGUGCGACCGGUCUCUUCUAUCUCGGUGCUGAAGGCUCGCCCAAGAAAAAACUUGCUGCGACACAGACAACCAAGAGAUUUCUACCAACGUUCGCACCUGUGAAUAUUGAAUCUGAUGUCUCCAUUAAUAUUCUAAUGUUCUCGUAUUUAUUUUUACAAUAUCUUUUUAAAGGGCAAACAUAGAGUUCUUAUUUUGAGUUGAUCACCGUAUUAUUAUUAUACAGAGUGUCUUUAAUGCAACACUCGCGUAUCCGGUAGAACGGAUUAAACUAAAUAGAAGAGUCCUUCACCGUUUCUCAAACUUCGCAGUAGUUAUUGACUAUAUCAUUUGUUAGUUAUUCUUAGUACAAUAACUGACGAUCAUGAUUACUAUCAAUUAUUAAUUAAGGUUGUUAAAGAAUAAAACAGCAAAUUUACCAACGCGCAUAGAAAGUGGUAACACGAGCUUUACAAGCUGCGUCAGAUGAUGCGUGAUGUUGAGCAGUAGAAGUGUGUUCUUCGUUCCUUUGCACUUGUUUGCUGAUUUCUUUAAUUAAUUACCUUUAAUUAAUGCCAUUUAUUACAAGAUACUUUUAAUAUUUAUUGCGGAAUUUGCAAGAUAGUAUAGAUUCCUUCCUUAUUCAGUUUGAUGAUCUUUACACAUACACGAGCGUUGUGACAUUCAUUAUCA